CUGCGGCCCGCGGGGAAAGCCGAUCCCGCUAAUCUGCUCGGCUGACCGGUCGGGCAGCUGCACCGGCUGUUCGCCUUCCCUGCCAGGCAGGCCCAGGACCAGCGCGAGCUGUGCGAGGACCAGAGCAUGUGGGGGACGCGGCUGGCGCUGCUGGCUCUGGUGCUGGCUGCCCGCUGGGAGCUCGUGGUGGCCCUGCAAUGCUACACCUGUCACGAGCCCACCAGUGUGUCCAGCUGUGUCACCACCGCCACCUGCAGCUCCAACGAAACCAUGUGCAAAACCACACUCUACUCCCUGGAGAUCGUGUACCCCUUCCUGGGGGACUCCACGGUGACCAAGUCCUGUGCCAGCAAGUGCGUGCCCUCAGACGUGGAUGGCAUCGGCUUGACCCGGCCCGUGUCCUGCUGCAACACUGACCUGUGCAACGUGGAUGGGGCGUCUGCCCUGGGCAGCCCCCGCGGCCUGGCCACCACCCUCCUGCUCAGCCUCCUCAUCAUCCUGCAACUCUAGAGCCCCCCCUCCCUCCCCGCCGCCCAGCCCCCAGUGCCUCGGAAGAAUCGCAGCCCCUCCUGCACCAGGCCUCCUGAAUCUCUUUUCUUGGAGCGGACCUGUCCGCUGGGCAGGGGAGCACCGCCCGCUGUGUUGCUGGCUCUGUCAGCCUAGGCCCUGUCCCCCUUGGGCCUCUCGGUCCUUCCAUCCGUCUCCCAAGGCCUCUGCCCACCCCAGCCCCCCGGGCUCUCUUGGGAGCUGUCUCCCCCGUGCCCACAUUGCUGCCCUGUCUGUCCGUGUGCCCUCCAUCUCCCAGUGACAUGGUAAGCAGAGACGGUCACUGGUCCUGGGACACUGGGCAGGUCCCUGCUCACCUGGCCUUGGCGGGUCUGGGUGCCUGAUCAGGCAGGGCAGGGAGUCGGGUAUCAUGGGCAGGGGAGCUCCACAGCCACAAGGACUAGGUCAGGGGUGGCUUCUUGGAGGGGGCACCAAGGAGACUGGGUGGGUAGAAGAGGCAGCCCAGGUGGAAGGUAAGUCCAGGGGGCCCAAGAGUGGCCGAGGGUCUGGGGUUACUCCAUGGAGCGCCCCACAGCUCACUGGCCUGGCCCCUGAACAAGACUUUACACGUGGCUGGUCCCCUGCGUUGUGUGGCAGAGGGUGCUGAGAGGAGGCUGGCAGGCGGGCUGGCCCUUCUGCAGUGCCCCCCCUCCCAGAAAGCCCUGGCCCCACCCUCACCAAGCCCCAUGCCCUGGUGUGCAGGGCAGCCCAAGCUCCAGUGCAGAGGGGACUUUGGCUUCACCUUGGCCUUGGGCCAGCACCAAAGCCUCCAGACCAUCUCCCAGAGGGCCACCUGCCCGACAGGCCUCUCCCACCUUCCCCCACCCGAAACAUGCACCUGUCUCAGAAGCACUCGGGACAGGCCGGCGCCUGAAGAAGGAUGGACCCGGGGGCAGGAGGCGAGCCCUGCUCACCCCGGUUCCUGCCCUCCUCUCAGCCUGUCCCUGCCCCUCCCUGCUCUCCUAGGUCCUGGGGUGAGGGGGCCUCCAGGGCUCUGCAAGGGGCCCCCAGCGCCUCCAGCUGAGCUGAGACGGGUCCACAUGGCCUUUCUUCUGCACCACAGGGCGCCCCAGCCCACAACCCUGAGUCCAGAGACCCCCCCCCCCAUCAGCCAACCCCUCUUCAAGGAGCUCCUGCUCCCGGACAGAGGGCGGUGGUGGCCAGGACCCAAAGCAGGGCUGUCCUGGGUGAGGGACUCCCGCCUGUGCGAGAAGAGACUGGAGCCUAGGAUUCCCCCUACUCCUUGGACCCCAGGAGCUCCACCCUCUGCCUCCUGUGGGCAGGACUCUUGUCCGAGCCAGCUCCCAGGGGGCUGGACCCUCACAGAGACCCUGUGCGGCUCUCUGAGCAGACCCCGGAAUGGCAGGUCACCCGGGGGCCAGAAUGUUCAAACACUGUCUUGGAGGCCACACUUGGGGCUGUGACUCUGAGCCUUGACCUUUUGGAGGGAAGACUGCCCUCAGUUGUCCAUCACAGCCCUCAGCUGGCCCUGUUCCCACAGAAGCAGGGAGAGCGGGGCUUGCCUGGCCUCAGAGCCUGGCCUGACACUCAGGAAACACAGACACACACACAUGAGCACACGGCUGUACGGAGACACAUGGGGGGGCUGGAUGCCACCCCCACCCCGGCCACCACCCCACCUGCAGUGCCCUCCCUGCCAUCCUAAACCUCCAACGUCAUCCGGCUCCUCAAAGCUGGGCCAGGGCCCUGCCCAGGCAGCCUCCCCCGACGGCAUGUGGGAUUCCCAUCCCGAGCCAGGACCGGCCUGUUCUGGGCACGCCCGCCCCACUGCUGCUCCGUCCCGCCUCCUGUGGGCACACCCUCACCAGCCACCCUCAGGCUUAAUCACCCUCUGCCCGGCCCUCACGGAAAAGGGGCUCAGGGUAGCUUGUGCACAGACGGUCCCGCAGGAGACAGGGAGAGCAAGCCCCACUCAACCCAUCAGGCUCUAGGCCAGACACUCCCAGCUCCUCUCGAAACACCCUGGGUGCGUUGGGGGACCAAGCCCCAGAGAGGAGCCUCCCCUGCUGCGCCCGCCUGACUGCUCGAUAUGCGGUAACCAGUGUCUCUCCCUUCGCAAACAUGACUUGCCUUUGUUUCCUUGCAA